UUGUUAUAGAUUUAUUGUCGUUUAACCAGACGGGACAGACAUUUAAAAUAUAAGAUGAAGCUUCUCAUAGCGAUUACACUCUUCGUUGCGGUGUCUGCUUUCCCUCUGUCAAAUAAACCGCUCCGAGAUGGACCUCCAAUAAUUUUCAGACACUGGGAACCAACACCCGAGUUGGACGUAAGAAUGCUGCAAAAUGCUCAAAGCCGUUAUGAACUUAUUAAAAAAAUUUUAAAUGCGUUGCCACAAAAACCUUCUGGAACAAUCAUAGAUGCCCUAAAUAUUAUUCAUCACAUCCUUGAUGACAAUCAAUACGACGAUGAUGAUGAAGCUAUAAACGAUGAAGAUGAGAACCAAUCCUACUUAGCCCCCGAUAAUGAAGGAAUGGUUUUGAAUCUUGAGCCUCCCCCACACAGAGGCGACAACGAAAACGACGACGCUCAACAAUCAAAUAAUGAAAGCGAGAACAGCAAUAAAAUUCCAAAUAAACACCAACAGCCAGAAGAUGAAAAUCUUGAAGAAGUUGAUGAAAAUGAUUCGCAGGGUGAAGAAGAAGUUGUUGAAACACUUGAGGGAAUCGAAUUUAAAGUUCCAAAUGUUGUUCAGCAACAGCCUAACUAACCACCAACUAAAGCGCGUAUAGAAAUUCUACUACCCUGCAAUAAAAGUUUAGGCAAAAUUGUGAUAUUUUGAAACAUUUAGAUUAUUGAGAUUGUGGUUUUCGACACUAAUUGUUAUUAUUUCUUUGUAAAAAAUUUUUGUUAGUAAAUUUAUUGAAAUUAAUAACUGAAAUUUUAUUUAAAAAUCAA